AUGUUCGGUGGCUGAUCAUCCGCCGCGAAUGGCGCAGGACAAAUCCACUUCGGUCGUGGGUUCACCCAAGCCUUCUCUCCCGAUCCCAGGCCUCCAGUGCCAUUCAAAGGUCUCUCCACCAAUCCUUGGCCAACCCGAUCUCGAGUCGCUUCUCGCUCACGCGACAGCCAGCUGUUUGCCGGCCCAGUUCUUCCGACAAAACGGCGGCGGCGGCGGCGGCGGACGGCUAAAGGCGUACGUGGCGGCGCUCUUGUCGUUUCUACGGCCGUGGCAGUGGCUGUGGAACGCACAUCUCGUCAGCUUUUUCGAUCAACGGCUGUGGGAGCGCGUUGAUCCGCGAUGGCUGGACGCUCUGUCGAAAUGCCACGUGUCAGAGCUGCUUCUAGUCCCGUCCGGCCACGUGGCGCGUUCCGAUUGGCCUCAGGAUCUCAAAGAGUUUAUCAAGAAUGCGCGUAGGCUUUCACUUAGGAGAGAUAUGGCGACGAUGGGGAACGGAAGGAAACUGCGAGAGAGGAGUGGAGUGAGAGGAGAAGUCGGAGGAAGGAAGGCGACAUGUGGCAGCAGCAGACCGGCCGAGAGGGUUCGAGCGACACGUCAGCAGCACACUUUUCUGAACCCUGAACCCUGGCUGUCGUCUGUUCCUCGCGAGCUGACGCGUGGCAUGAAUCCGAAAAAGCUUCAUGAGAUCGAACGGCUGUCGUCGCUUGUAGCAGCUGUCGCGGAGCACUCUGCCGCCCAUUGCCUCUCCCGCAGUCACUGUUCAUCCAGCUACAGGAAUCACUGUGCCUCUGGCUCCGAUGGCUACUGUUCAACGAGGGGGGUGAAUGUGACAGAAACGAGUGGCGCAGUAACGGUGGUCGAUCUUGGGGCCGGGCAGGGUUAUUUGUCUCAGAUUCUUUCGUUUCAUUUCGGGCUGCCCGUUGUGGCAGUGGACGCGUCGCACCACCACACAAGUGUGUUGCACACACGCGCGGCACGCGCCAGUAAGUCUUGCGGGAAAGAGAGGAAGCAGAGGAAUAAGGGGGGGAAGGGGAAGAUGAAGGGAGGAGAAGGGGAAGAGGGGAGGAAGCGCGGGGAAGGGAGUGAGUUAAAGGACGAGGAAGGGUUGGCGUUGACAGGUGCUGGUGCCGAACCAUGGGGGGGCCGAGUUUGUGCCUCCGAGCCUGAAGCGCAGCCAGAUGCAGGCUUGAUACAGGCUCCGAGGCUGGUGACUCGAACUAUAAGUCUUGGCUCGGCAGCUGCCACAAUUGGGGCGUUGCUGAGAGGCGAUGGGGAGAGGAGAGGGGAGGGAGCAGGGGUGGAUGAGGGCGAGGAGGAGAGGAAAGGGGAGGAUAAGGAGGGAGAGAGAGAGGCGGCCAAUGCGGGAAGCGCGGAGGAGAGCGAUGUGGAUGCGGAGAGUGGCAUGGCAAGGGAUGGCGUGGCAAAGGAUGGCAACAGCUGUAGCUGUAGCGUGCGUGGAUUGCUGGCAGGGCUGCAUGCGUGUGGCGACCUCACAGUGAGCGCACUGAGAGCGUUCGUGCUACAGCCGGAGGUCCGAGCCAUGGCCAUGGUGGGGUGCUGCUACAACCUGCUCUCAGAGCAAGGGGAGGGUGCUGGGGGCGAGAAGCACGCCCCCCUUGCCCCACCUGCCCCACCUCCCCCACCUGCUGCUCCGUCUCCUCCUCCCAGGCUGCCUGCUGCCCAGCACCUCCUACAGCAGCCAAGGGAUUCUGGCGCUCCCUCCCCGUUUCAUGCUCCUCCUGUUGCUGCUGCUGCUGCUGCUGCUGCUGCCACUUUGUCUGAUUCUCCUUCUCCUGCUCCUUCUGCUCCUUCUUCUCCUUCUGCUCCUUCUGCUCCGUCUUCUCCUUCUGCUCCUUCUGCUCCUUCUGCUCCGUCUUCUCCUUCUGCUCCUUCUUCUCCUUCUGCUCCUUCUGCUCCGGCCGUCGCCGUGCCCCCCUUUGGCUUCCCCUGCUCCUCCUAUGUGCGCGCAGUCCCUCUUCCCCUCGAACAGAUCAUUUCUGAUCAGCACACGUGUCGGCCUCUCAUUGGCCGCAACGGCCGUGACCUGGCGUGCCAGAGUGCUGACAGGUGGAGGGUGACCCCCCCUGAAGAGGCUGAGGGAAACUUUGAGGUGCAUUCCUUCCGGGCGGCACUAGAGGUGCUGAUCAGGCGGCAUUGCGCAGAUAAGGACAAGAGUGCUGGUAAAAUUGAUGGUGUGAGUGAGGGUUCCCUUGCUGGAAGGAGUGAGGGGCUGGAAGGAGGUGGAGGAGGAAGUGAGGGGGGAGGGAUGAGUGGGAUACGAGUGGGUCGGUUGGGUAAAGCGACGAGGAGAAGGAGAGUUGCAGCUGCUGCCGCUGCUGCCGCUGCUGCUUCUGCUGCUUCUGCUGCUGCUGCUGCUUCUGCUGGUGCUGCUUCUGCUUGUGCUGCUGGUGCUGCUGGUUCGGCUGAUGCCACCAAGCCUGCUGCAUCUGCUAGAUCAGACAACACCUUUACUCUCGAGAAAGCAAGUCCUUGCAUUGCUGGCAGCAGCUCAUAUGGAGGAGGACCAGGGGACCAGGAUGUGCAUGAUGAGAGGGGAGAGCAUUACAGGGCAGAAGGAGAACCCGGCUCAAGCGCGCCUCACUCCCCACCGUCCUCCCCUUCCUCCUCUCCUCUCUUCCGCCAACAGCUCUCAGCCUUCUCCUCCUACGCCCUCUCUGCCUGCCUCAAGCUCCACAUCUCCCCACCCCCCUGCCCCUCUCUCAUCGCAAGUGUGUGGGGCGAGGUGUGGCCGCACGUCCCCCUGGUGCAGGUCUUCUGGUGCCUGAGAGCCGUGCUGGCAGGGGCGCUGGAGUCGCUGCUGGUGGCCGACCGGCUGCUGUGGCUGGAGGAAAUGGGGGGGAGAGUGAUGAUGGCCAAGGGAAGUGGGGUAGAAGAGGAAUGUGCUGACGAGGGUGGGAGGGAAGAGCAGCAGGGGGAGCAGCAGGGGGGACAGGAGGUGAGCGGCUGCAAGCGACCAGCGUUUAGUUUUGCUGUGGUCCCGCUCUUCCAGCCAGAGACGUCGCCUCGCAACCUGGCUAUUGUGGCACUCAAGGACCUGGCCUCGUAGUAACCAGAGCAGAGCACUCAGAAUUGCUGGUGUUGCUGCUCGUUUUAGGAAAGCAUCAUGUCAUGUUCCAGUGGCUUACGUCCACACCUAGUAUGGGAAAAGUAUGCUGACAUGCUGCCGUAGAUAGUAUUCUGAGAACGUU